GGAAAAAGAGAAAGGGGACGGAGAAGGAGGCAACCAACACAAGCAGCAUUUUGGUGGACUCCUCCCUUCAUUGUUUUUAUUCAUCUGUGAUACGCAGCAGCAGUCAUGUCCUCUCAGUCUCUCCUGAUGGUUCUGCUGGUUUUUGCCUGCCUUCAGUCCUUCACAAUGGCCCAGCAUUCUUUUUACACAGGUUUACAUGGACGAGAAACAUGCUGUUUCAGAUUCAUGAGAAUUAGAAUCUCUUCACGUACCAUUACUGAUUAUAGAAAGACAGAGCGUGGCUGUACAAAACCUGGAAUCAUUUUUACCUCGAGGAAUGGUCGUCAUUACUGUGCAGACCCCGAAGUUCAGUGGGUGAAGAAGAUCAUGGAUAAAAUUGACCAGCGUCUUCUUAAAAGCCUGACCUCACACGACUCAGGAAGACCAGGACCAUGCUGUUUCUCUUUCCAGAAGAAUGAAAUCAAUGUAGACGACAUUAAUUUUUAUAAAAUAACUCAUUCUACCUGUUCAAAUGCUGGAAUCCAUUUUAUCAUGAAGAAUGGUCAUCAUGUGUGUGCAAACCCCAAAGAUCAUUGGGUGAAGGAUAAUAUGGAUGCAAUUGAUCACCGCCAUGUUGCAAACUUGAUGCAAUCUCAACACCUAAAUUCUACAAAAGGAGAAAGACCAGGACUAUGCUGUCACACAUUCUGGAUGAAUGAAAUCCCUUCCCGACUCAUUACUGGGUAUAAAGAAACACAUUCUGCCUGUCAAAAACCUGGAAUCAUUUUUUUCCUAAAGAAUGAUCGUCAUGUGUGUGCAGACCCCGGAGUUCACUGGGUGAAGGAGCACAUAAGCAAUUGACCAGCCAUUUGAUAGAAACUAAUUAUAACUGAGCUAUUACACACCCCUGUCAAUAUUAAUAAAUAAAUAAGACAUAUAUGGUUAAAUCUAUAAUUUGCCAGAUUUGGACAGAAGGAUUUUUUUUUCAUUUAUUA